AUGGCAUCACAACCAGUUACGGCGAGGACGUCUCUGUCCCAAUGGCCUGCCGCCAAGAGAAAAGCAACCCUCAUUCCCAUGCUCAUGUCCUCCGUCAUGAUUCUCGUCUUAGUUCUCGCAAACAUGUCAUACCUCUUCGGAACAACCAUCGGUCAAGGGAAACGUAGUCACGCUCUCAAGAUCCUUGCCGUCGAUUUCGAUGAAGGGGCCAUCGGUGCAGCCGUUGCAACGGCCUCUCGAAGCCUUCAAGCCCCUAACUUCCCCACGAUCGAAUUCGGCUCUGCUUCGAAAUACGCGACAACAGAAUCGGUUAAGAACGCAGUCUGCAAGGGAGACUACUGGGCUGCGAUUUACGUCCCAUCGGGUGCGUCCACCAAGCUUGCCAACGCAAUCAACGGCACAUCAACCGGGUAUAACGCCGCCGACUCGAUCGUCUACACGUAUAACCAGGCCCGAUACCCAGCUCAAGCUGACUCGAUCCUCCUCUCCGGAAUUCAGAAGGUUGUUGGCGUCGCACGAGGAUCAUAUUACCAAACCCCCAACGGCAUUGCCGCGCUCACCUCCCUCAAUGCCAGCAAUCCGGCUGGGGUUACCGCAUACCUGAACCCGAUCCAGUCCACUCCUGACCUGAUCCAACCCACUACCCAGGGCAGCCGAGUUCUCUUCAACACCGUUAACAUCAUCAUCCCGACGCUAGCGCAAUUCUUCUACAUCCUCGCUCUCAACGGCAUUGGGCUGAGCAGUGGAUUCCUUUCUGGGGUCCGCGUCCGUGACGUCUGGCUGUUCCGCUUCGGUAUCGGCAAGAUCUACGGCUUCCUCACCGCCCUGACCGUGACUGGAUAUCUGUGGGCCUUCCGCGAGAACUGGGACGUCGGUAGCUUUGAGUUUGGAAAGACUCUCCUUGUCUUCUGGCUUUACAUGGACGUCCAGUGGCAGGUUCUCGAGUCCUUGAUCGGCUCGUUCGUGCCAAUGCAGUUCAUGCCCUUCUUCUUCCUGACCUGGAUCAUCAUGAACAUCGCAAGCACCAUUGCCCCCUUCGAGCUCAUGCCGGGUUUCUACAGAAUCGGCUACGCUAUGCCGGCGCACGAGGCGUAUUCCAUGAUGGUCCUGGCAUGGUCUGGCUGCGCUGACCAGACACGCGUCGCACUACCGGUGCUCUUUGCCUGGUGGUUGGUAGGCCACGUUGGAUCUGUCUUCUCCAUCCGCAAGCGGUGCGCCGAUGCGGGACAGGCUGCUGCUGCUGCUGCUACCAGGGCGCAAGAGGAUGACGAUGUGACGAGACAGCGUCCUCACAGCUCAGAUUUGACUUUACGGUCAGACGAGGAGCAGCUCAGAAAUGAGAAAUGA